CGAUGAGCCUAGUUAACUAACCUACGGGUUCUAGGAACCAGUACACCGACUACGCCAGGUAGUGUCCCUUCCAAACAGUCCCGAGCCCUGCCUUAGCAAAGAAACCUGGGGCCUUUGAGAAUGUCUUUCCCCGUAGACCAACAGUUGGAAUUUGACUUUGCCUGCUUUGCUCCCGAAACGACGGAAGCUCAAAACAUGUCUUCUGUCUCUACCGCCGCCUCGGACAUUGAGGAACUCCAGAAGCGUAACAAAGAGCUGGAGCAGGCUAACGCCGAAUUGAUUAAACUGCUUAAGGGUUUUAAGAAUGAGAUGAAUGAUGUGAAGGGAGGUGUCGAAUCGGCUCAGCAAGAACUUCAGUCGGUACGCACGCAUAACGCCCGGCUACAAGGCGAGCUUUCCAGUCUUACCAAGCGACGCCGUACAGCUCUCAGAACCAAAAACAGUGAUCUAGAGCUUUCCCAGGCCGCCAAGAUUGCGGAGCUCGAGGAGGCGUUGGCGCAGGCCAACCUCCGGGGAUUCUCGGUGUCACGAUCAGACACGAGCAGCGCGUCCGGCGCAGAAGAUUUUUCAUCCUUCUACAGAGAUUCCAGCACGUCGAGCAACUCGAGACAGGGCAGCGUCGAAAGCUCCAGGCCCAGAAAGAGGCGUAGCCCAGGAGUAGAAAGCUGGGACAAUUCCCAGGAUGUGCUCCAGUUUGGCACGGCGCCGGGUAAUCAACAAAAUGCUUUGUUUGUCCAAGCACUCCAAGGAGGUCAGAAUCAGCAAAGCGUCCCGAUGGCUUCGAUGGCCCAAUUUGGCGGACUCGCGGAACAACAGUCGAUGUCGGGUUACCCGCAACUCUACAGCAAUGAACAGAUGGGGGGACAGCAUAACCAGCUGUCUUGGGGAACUGGGUAUUAUUCAAACCCUCAGCCUCGACAGAUAAAUGGUAUGCCUUCAUGCCCGAAGUUCCCCGCGCCAUAUCAAGCCUCGCAAUGGAGUUUCUAAGUCGCAGGAGCCUCCAGAUUUCUAGUACCAAGACGUCCACCGGGUCGGAUUAUUGGUAUUAGUGGUAUUAUCCAUUGGAUAUGUUUUCUGGCGAAUCAUAGCGAAGGGACAUUACUUAAUUAUAUUCUUACUAGUCAGGGAUUUAGAU